AUGCAGGAGGGCGAAGAGUUCAUCCAUCGGCCCACCGUCAUCUCGUCCGCAUCGGCCUCCCGCCCCCGACACAAGACGUUCGAAUUGCUAGGGCCGUUCGGGAACAUCUCUCUUGCGGACAUGUACAAGGCAUGCGGCAAGAUCAUCGGCCGUUUUCCCAUUCCGUUCAUCAUCGCCACUGCCAUUAUGUGCUCGGCCGGUCGUGAGUGGAUCCUUCCCGGUCCCUAGUGCUCAAUGAUCCCUUUCAGUCGGAAGUAUCGGUUUGGAACUCAAGGACAACGUGCGUGACGGAUACACUCCGAAGAACUCGGAAGCUCGUCUCGAGAACAGAAUCUACCGGGAAUUCCUGGGAUCGGAGGGAGAUCCAGUCAUGACGACCGUGCUGAUAACUGCAAAGGACGAAGGAUCGAUGCAUCGGAUCGAGUACUUGGAGGAGGCACAACAGGUAUGAAACUGGCGGACUCGUGGAUUCACAACAACUAUUUUUUAAGCAAUGGCUCUACAUUUCGAAAGAGCUGAAAGCUGACGUCGGGGGAGGGAAACACAUGAAAUUCUCCGACUUCUGUGGACAUUACUGCCACGCCAAUGACAUCGUUCAGUACUUUCUGGACGCCUACAAAAGCAAGUCUGCGAACCCGAACCUCGACGGAUUCCAACUGGACUACCCGAUCGCCACUGUGAUGGGAUACCAACUGCAUCUGGAGAGGAACUUCUUCGGCGUUUCCGUUAACAAUUCCAAUCCAGUGACGAACAUUCAGGAAAUGAAAGUGCUCACUUUGCCAGUGCUGUCCGAGGUGAAAACGUUCGAAGACACUGACAAAUUGAACAAAUGGGAGUUGGCCGUGUACAAUUAUGCGACCGAGUAUUCAGCAGACCCGGAUCACAAGAUCGAGAUCAAUGUGAGUGAAUGUGGUGCCUCCCGGUCGAACGGUUCCUUUUCAGGUGAUUGGUGCGGAAGUGGUGGACACUGAAAUGAACAAGGAUGCGCAGAAGAUGGUGCCCUACUUCAUCGUCGGAAUCGUCUCCAUGAUCCUGUUCAUCUGCCUGACCGUCUCCAUCUCCGCCUCCUACUACGGCUACUUCUCGUGGCGCAUCGGACUCACCGCCCUCGCUUGCCUUCUCGUUCCCAUUCUCGCCAUUCUCACUGCUUUCGGAAUCAAUAACAUGCUCGGCAAUCGGACGAACUCGCCCAUGAUGAUCAUGCCGUUUCUCAUCAACGGAAUCGGAGUCAACGACGCGUUCCUGACCCUUCAGAACUGGCUGCAGCACAGUCCCGAUCUUCCGUCGGGCAAGAGACUCGGGUACAUGCUCGCAGAAGCGGGCCCUUCGAUCACGACCACCACGCUCACAAAUGUCAUUGUUUUUCUGAUCGGAUGGAUGAAUCCCACCGAAGGUUAGUCCUUCCACGGUGAUUCUUUGAUUCUUUGCGAUGGUGCGGUGAGGAGAGGGAGAAAGUUCGGCCCCGUCCCGUGAACUGUCGUCUGCUUAGUUCGCGAGCCGGCGGCGCCCUCUUCAAGACUUUUUCCGGUCGUCAGAACUUCAGAUGACUGCUGUUUUCAGAAUACUGAUUCAUUUUUCCUAAUUUUUUACUCGAGGAUGGACAAGAAUUUUCCUCGUCACCCUCGCAAAGAAUGUUUUCUCCCUUCCGCUUCCAUACUUUCUCUUCAGAAAUGUCCAUCUUCUGUCUGGGCUGUGCCAUUUCUCUGCUCCUUGCUUACGUCUACACCCUCACCUUCUUCUGCCCAGUCCUUGUUCUUCUUCUCAGUGAAAGAGUCAAAGAACCCAGCAACGUGCGGUUGUCAUACUUUUUUUUAAAGAUAAAUCUAAAUGGAAAUCCGUUUCAGCUUGAAAAGACGUUCAACAAGAUGCUGGAAGUGUACGCUAAGAUCGUGUGCAGUCGGUGGACUUUUGCGCUGCUUAUUGUCGGAAGUCUCGUUUAUUGGGGAUUCGGAAUUUACGGAACUCUCGGAAUUCGCGCAGUUCUCAAUACAGCAAAGAUUCUGCCCCUGGAAACGCCGAUUCGGAAGCCGAACAGAAUCAUCGAAGAGACCGUCUGGAAGGAGUUCUAUCCGGUUACCGUACUCGUCAACAAGCCCGUCAAUAUCAGCGAUCCUCUUGAAUUGAAUAACUUCCAAAUGCUCGUCCAUGACUUUGAAUCGAUGAAAAACUGCAGAGGGUCCGAGUACACGAUCUCACCCAUCAGAGACUACGAGACCUACUUCUACGGAGUCGGAGCGGAAGACUUCGACUACGAGGAGGAGGCCGUCCACAACACUUCGCAGCGAUUCGACUUCAGCAAACUCCCUGCUUUCCUCACGAGUCCGAUCUACAAACACCACAAGGGAACGAUGAAACUCAACUUUUCCGACCCGUUCGUUUCGCACGAGGUAAAAAAUAUAAGUGUUGAAAAGUUUGCAGAGUGCCUAUCCGGAAAGUGCAGCUGAUAUUCGCCUAUGAAAAUGUAACAUCUUGGGACGAUCGGAUUCAGAUUAUGCAGGACUGGAGACAGAUUGCCAGUUCGCACGAGGAGCUGAACGUGUCCGUCUGGAAUGUGAAUGCGAUGUUCGUCGAUCAGAUGAGAAGUCUGAAGGGACUCGCGAUCACAGUACGAUCAUUUCGCAACCUUCCCAUUUAAUUCCUUUUUCAGAACUCUCUCGUCACCCUCGGAUGCAUGGCUGCCGUCUGCAUCGUUUUCAUCCGAAAUCCCCUUUCCGUCGCACUUGCCACUGCCUCCAUUCUCUCAAUUUCCAUAGGAGUCACCGGAUAUCUCUGUUUUUGGGAUCUCGAUUUGGAUCCGGUCACUCUGUGCGCAGUCAUUGUUUCGAUCGGAAUGUCAGUCGACUUUGUGGCUCACGUCGCUUGUCACUAUCAAGUUAGUUGUUGGCUGAAAGGCUCUUCUUUUUACAGAAUGUAUUCAGGUUCGGUACAAAGAAUUCGAGGAGGACGGAAUCGUGAAGCGAGUGGAGAUGAAGACUCCCGAAUCUCGCGUCGUCAAUUCCCUUUCGAACGUGCUCUGGCCUAUGGUCCAAUCCGCUUUCUCGACUCUUCUCUGCGUCCUUCCACUCGCCAUUCUUCAGGUAAGACUCCCUUGUUUCCAUCUUUUCACAAGACCGCGUCAUUUCAGAAUUAUCUCCCGAUGGUGUUCGUGAAGACGAUCUUGCUCGUCGUCAUCUGGGGAAUGUUCCAUGGCCUCGUGCUGCUGCCCUGCAUCCUGGCUCAGUUCCCUCUCCGAAUCUUCGACAAGACCUUUGCCGAUUUCCUUUUCGGACGCACGUCUUCUUCCUCGUGCUCUUCCGAAACCGAUUCGGAAGAGGACACGACGGCCGACGCACAGGAAAUGACACCUCUUUCCGGCGGUGCCCAGCCCUGA